UUGACAGUGUGCUGACGAGUAGACGGAGCUGAGAGCAGAGGAGUAGGCAGUGCGACCGACUCUAGACAGGGGAUAAACUACCAGGGUCCCGAUAGAAGACAGUUCCGGCUGCUAUUGGUACAAACACCUACGCACCGGACCCCAAAGCGGCCGGGGAUUGAUUCCUCAAAAAUUUUAGAAGUGCGUGUGAUCGAGAAUAUAGCAGACAAUCGGAGUGAAAAACUAAAGUGGAAGAAUGCGCCUGGAGUUGGGGAUGGUGUUCGCUGCUCUGCUCUGCCGGGUUUGCUGCGUGCCCGCAGAGAAGAAAGUGUGCCAGGGCACUAAUAACCGCCUGACCCAGCUGGGCAUGUUAGAUGACCACUACAACAACCAUGUGAGGAUGUACACUAACUGCACUGUUGUUCUGGAGAACCUGGAGAUCACCUACACACAGCCCUACCAUGAUCUCUCCUUCUUACAGUCUAUACAGGAAGUAGGGGGGUAUGUGCUGAUAGCCAUUAACUAUGUGUCGACCGUGCCUCUCUCCAACCUGCGGCUCAUUCGAGGCCACACCCUCUUUGAUAACCACUUUGCCCUGGCUGUCAUGUCCAACUAUGAGAGGAAUUACUCCUCUCUUACCCUCAACUACACCAAGGGACUGAGACUGCUGCAACUCAGCAACUUGACAGAGAUUCUGAGGGGGGGCGUGAAGGUGGCCAACAACCCCCUCCUUUGCCACCUGCAGACAGUCCAGUGGCAGGACAUAGUGGACCAGGCCAGCGGCCCCCACAUGUACAUCAAGAUACUGGACACCAACUCUUCUCUGUGUGAGAAGUGUGAUGCUAGCUGCUUCAACAGAUCCUGCUGGGCCCCUGGACCCCAGCACUGCCAGGCCUUCUCCAGGCUCACAUGUGCUGAGCAGUGUUCAAGAAGGUGUCGUGGACCCAGACCCAGUGAUUGCUGUAAUGAGCACUGUGCUGCAGGCUGCACUGGACCAAGACCCACAGAUUGUCUGGCCUGCAGGGACUUCCAGGAUGGGGACACCUGUAAGGACGCCUGCCCCCACCCAAUGAUCUACGACCCCAACACCCAUCAGCUGGCCCAAAACCCUCACGCCAAAUACACCUUUGGAGCUACCUGUGUCAAGACCUGCCCUCAUAACUAUGUGAUCACGGACCAUGGUGCUUGUGUCAGGACCUGUAGUGGAGACACACACGAGGUGGAGAAGGGUGGAAUAAGGAGGUGCAAGAAGUGUGAAGGCCUCUGCCCCAAAGUGUGUAACGGAAUCAAGAUGGGCCACCUGAAGGAUGUCAUAUCAAUAAACGCUUCUAACAUUGACUCUUUCCUGAACUGCACCAAGAUCAAUGGUGAUGUGUCCAUAGUGGAGGUUUCACUGAAGGGGGACAACUUUACACAGACUCCUCCCAUGGACCCUGCUAAACUAGACUACUUCAAGACUGUUAAAGAGAUCUCAGGAUUCCUGUUAAUCCAGGCCUGGCCUAAGCACCUGGUGUCUCUGAGUCCGUUUGAAAACCUGGAGAUAAUCAGAGGAAGGACCAAGCACUUUGGCAAGGUUAGUUUUGCAGUUCUGAAUGUCCCCCACCUGCAGUACCUGGGCCUGCACUCGCUCAAGGAGGUGAGUGAUGGGAACAUGGUGGUGAAGAACAACCCACAGCUCUGCUAUGCCAACUCCAACCACUGGCGGGCGCUAUUCAGGUCAGAUGAGCAGGACAUCCGUCUGGCGAACAAUGCCGAACCCAGUAGCUGUGAGCAGCAGAAUCGAACCUGUGAUGCCAUGUGUACAGCUGAGGGCUGCUGGGGCUCUGGACCGGACAUGUGCUUCUCCUGCCGCAACUUCACCAGGAGAGGGCGCUGUGUGGAAACCUGCAACCUGCUGCUGGGGGAGCCCAGAGAGUUCCUGAACAACAACUCAUGUGUGGAGUGUGAUACUGGGUGCCUGGUGCAGAAUGGGACCUCCACAUGCCAUGGGCCUGGUCCUGACCACUGUGCGGAGUGCGCCCACUUCCACGACGGCCCCCACUGUGUGUCCAGCUGUCCGCAAGGCGUGCCAGGAGAGAGAGACAGAAUCAUCUGGAAGUACGCUGACCACAAGAUGGAGUGUCAGUCCUGCCACCAGAACUGCACCUUGGGCUGUACAGGACCAGAUCUGUCUGACUGCACCUCCAGAGAACCCCACUCCCACUCCGUUGUGGCCCAGUCUGUGGUGCUCGCCUUGCUGGUGUUUGUAGUCCUAUCCCUUGGCAUCUUUGUAUUGCUAAGACGACAGCACAUCAAGAGGAAAAGGACACUACGGAGACUGCUGCAGGAGAGAGAGCUGGUGGAGCCCCUGGUUCCCAGCGGAGAGGCUCCGAACCAGGCCCUGCUGAGGAUGCUGAAGGAGACUGAGCUUAAGAAGGUCAGGGUGUUGGGCUCUGGAGCCUUCGGGACUGUCUUCAAGGGCAUCUGGCUGCCUGAGGGAGAGAAUGUGAAGAUCCCUGUAGCCAUCAAGGUGCUGAGAGAGGCUACCUCCCCUAAAGCUAACCAGGAGAUCCUUGACGAGGCCUAUGUGAUGGCCAGUGUGGACCACCCGUAUGUGUGUCGUCUGCUGGGGAUCUGCCUGACCUCCACGGUGCAGCUGGUCACCCAGCUGAUGCCCUACGGCUGCCUGCUGGACUACGUCAGGGAGAACAACGAGCACAUCAGCUCCCAGUGCCUCCUCAACUGGUGCGUCCAGAUCGCCAAGGGGAUGUCCUACCUAGAGGAGCGCCGCCUGGUGCACCGUGACCUGGCGGCCAGGAACGUUCUGGUGAAGUCGCCUCACCACGUCAGGAUCACCGACUUCGGCUUGGCCAGACUGCUGACCGCCAACGAGAAGGAGUACCAUGCAGACGGGGGCAAGGUUCCCAUCAAGUGGAUGGCUCUGGAGGCCAUCCAGCACUGGACCUACACCCACCAGAGCGAUGUCUGGAGCUAUGGAGUGACAGUCUGGGAGCUGAUGACUUUCGGGUCCAAGCCCUACGAUGGGAUACCUGCCAGCGAGAUUGCGUCAGUCCUGGAGAAGGGAGAGAGACUCCCCCAGCCCCCUAUCUGCACCAUAGACGUCUACAUGAUCAUGGUCAAAUGCUGGAUGAUUGAUGCUGACAGUCGUCCGCGGUUCAGGGAGCUCGUUGCAGAGUUCUCCAAGAUGGCCCGAGACCCUUCACGAUACCUGGUCAUACAGGGUGACGAGGGUAUGUUCCUGCCGAGCCCUUCAGACGCUGGCUUCUACAGGAGCCUGCUGAGCUCUGAAGACAUUGAGAGUGUGGUCGAUGCUGAGGAGUAUCUACUGCCUUAUAAGGGCAUGAACAACAAUCACACUGGCCUGCAGAAUGCUGCCACGAACGGCCAUCCAAUCAGAGAGGGCAGCAUUGUCCUGCGUUACAUCACUGACCCCACCCAUAACACCCUCGAAAAAGACUGCUCCAUCUUACCAGAGUACAUGAACCAGAUGGGAGGCUCCUCCAGGCUGUCAGAAGUGAUGAACCCCAACUAUGAGCAGUCAGAGCCAGCAUGGGCUCGGUCCUGUGGGCCAUCCCCUCUGGAGGAGCGGUGCCAGGAGAAGCUAUGGGACCGUCUGGGGGGGUUAGCAGGAGCACCAGAGUAUCUCAACACUGCCCGCAGCUCCCUCCCCGUCGCCAUCGCUGAAAGCAUGGACAACCUGGACUACCAAGAGGACUUCCUGUCCACUGCCUCACCCACAGGAAGUGGAAGUCUAUGCCUGCCGGCAGCAGAGAACAUGGAGUACCUAGGUCUGAGUGCGGUUCUGCAUGCCCCCGUACACUAAGGGUCUCCCACGGGCUGCGGCAGAGGCAAGACUGAGGACAGCUGUCAGUGUGGGAGGUGGAAACCAAAACAAACUAGAGCCAGGACACAAUGAUUAGAAACUCUCAGAUUUCCUUCACCAACACUCAAAUUUAGAGAUUCCACAUCACCAUAAUGAGCCAAAGCAGAGACAUCAAGGUUCUGGUACACUCUAACACUAAUCAGGAUUGUUGAUGUUCAGUGUUUGUUGAGCCAAGAAUGACUAUGCAGGGAAUGUUCAUGUAAAAAUGUUUAUUUGUUGUUGCCAAAAAUGUGAAUGAAGAGAUGAGACACUGAAACGCAGGGGCAGAGGAUAGAACCCCCACACACUCUUCUUCUAGUGUUACUUGUUCUACUGUUGAUACUUGCCCUUUUUCUAUUGCAUGAUGUGUACCAAACACCACAGUGGACCCUUCCAAAAAAUUAAUAAUCGUAUGUGAGAACUGGACAAGGGUUCUGAAUGUGUUGAACAAGCAUGUAGGUGUUUGCAUUAACUUACUUUUUGCACAGCAAUGUCAAUCAGAGGUAUGUCUGCUGUAGUUUUAAACUGUAAUACUAUAAGUGGAAACUUCACUGGAGCACAGUAAUAAGUAAAAUAUAGCCAUUCCAUGGCUUGCAGAAUUGUCCAUAAGCGA